AUGGCCACAUCCAAGGUGCUCGGCGACGACGACCUGCUCGGUGAGAUCCUAAUUCGCCUUGACUCCCCCACCUCCCUCGUCCGCGCUGCUCUGGUGUCCAAGCGCUGGCUCCGCCACGCCUCCCACAGGGACUUCCUUCGCCGCUUCUGCGGGCUCCGCCCGCCCCGCCUCCUCGGCUUCUUUGUCACCGGCGACUGGGUACCACGCCCGGACUCAGUUUUCGACGCCUUCCCCGAGUUCUCGUCAUACGUCUGGGACUGCCGGAACGGCCGCGUCCUCUUCGACUUCUCCGAGACCGUGUUUGGCAUCAGGAGAUUCGGGGUGAGCGACCCGCUGCGGUACCCUGAUCGAGGCGUGACCGAGUUCCCGCCGCCGCCGCCGCCCAUGGGCCCCCACGCCAUGCUCCUUCCAGACGACGAGCACGAUGACGCUUCAUGUUACCGUGUGGACAUCGACACACGGGGCCGCCGGAGGGUCUCCGCACAGGUAUCUGUCCUGCGGUCCGGCGCCUGGACCGUCCUCUCCGCCUGGACUAAGCUCGACAGGCCGCCGGACAGGAUCCCCAAGUUAACUCUGCUCGCCGGCGGCAAGCUCUACAUGGUGGCAGUGGCGGGGUACAUCAUCUGUAUGGACCUGGCCGCUGCAAGCCUCUUCGUCGUCGAGUACCCGGAAGGCGUUGCGUACGAGUACUACGGCAACCUUGUCCUCUGCCGUGGAGACAAUUCUGUGCUGUACCUCUUCCAUGUGAAGGGAGAUCGGCUCAGCGUCUGGCUCCGCAGGAUGGAUGAGCACGGCGCCGAGUGGGUACUCAGGGACACCGUACCAUCUCUGUGA